GCAUGGAGAAAUACCCAAGAAGAAGAUCCAGCCAGCUGGACAUCCUGCAUGUGUUAAAACUUCAUAGAUGGCACCAGAUGAUUUUAAUGGUCUUUACUUGACUUUAACUCUAAUGCCAUUUACGAUGUUAGUGCCAAGACAGAAGAAUUCUACACUGCAAAAAAUGUCAUCUUAGCUUAAGAAAAUACCUUGAAUAUAGUCUAAUCUAUCUAGUAUUUGCUAUUAUAGGGUUAUUGAACCUAUUUCUGGACAAUUCUACUCAUUUCCAUUGUUAAAUUGUCUUAUUCUUUUGGCAAAUCAUUUUGCUUCUUUCUAGACAAAUGCUUAAAUUAGCAAAAAUAUCACAAUUAACAAGAGUAUUUCAGGCUUGAAAUUAGUAGGAAUGUAUAGUUUAGUAAUCUUUUAUAAGAAAAAAUAAAGAUAAAUUUGACUAUAUUCAAGAUAUUUUCAGUUGCUAAGAUGUCAUUAUUUGCAGUGUACCUUUAACGAUGUUCAGAGUAACAGACUGACCCACCCCCAGCUUUGAAGAAAGAUACUUUGAAGGCUAGUAUAUUUCAUUGCAAGCAUACUAUUUUAAAACGUUCCAAUCUUACAGACCACCAUUUCUGAAAAAAAAAACAAACAAACAAACAAAAAAACCCAUUUUCUUCUGCAAAUCUGACCGUGCCUUUUUUUCAUGGGUGACAUAGACGUAUUUAUGGGUGACAUAUCCUUAUUGAUGUUUUUACUGAAUGUCAUUCAUGCAUAAUCUAUUUGUGUUUUUGAUUUUUGUAUUAUUAAAACAAGCUUUUUUUUUCUUCCAACUGUUUUCCUCGUGCACAUCAUAAUCAGUGCUUGGAUCUGAAUCUGGCUUAGAUGAGGUCUAAAAGAAUUGUUUUUGCCAAGUCAGUGCUUUUAGGCUUGGUGUAUUUAAAUGUGUUCAUUGACAGGAAACCACAACGAAAGGGGGUCUUGAAGCUUUGACAACAUGCAUAGAGUCGAAUGUUCCAUACAGAGCACUUCAGAGUUUAGAUAUAGAUCGCAGAAGGAAAGUAACACCCCUGUUUCCCCCAAGAAAACGAUACCAACGAAAUGAAAUGAAACUAGAUUAAACAAAACGAUGGAUGAGCAUGAUAGCAGGCUGAAGGUGAUCUUUACUGGUAGGUUGAUUUAGUUUCUUAUUGCUUAACUAUUUUAAUCUGCAGCUUGUAUUCAGUUUUUUCACCCAUUCUAUUACUCUUCUCUUGAUGGUGCAUACUGUGACUAUUCAGCAUAUAAAAGCUAAGUGACUCAUAAUGAUGAUGAUAAAGUUUUAUUCUACACCAAGUAAUACUGUGAUAGUGAAUGAACUAAACUGCUUUAACUAUGUUUUAUUUCAGGUUGUGUUUAAACUUGUCCCACUGGUAUGUCCAAAAAUAAGGCCCUCAAAAUUAUUUUUUUGUUUAAUUGUGAAAACACAUUGAAUAGUCAGACAUUCACAUAGCACAAUACCAAAAUUAUGUUUCUUGUCAUUCGUUAUUUAUUUCAGAAUUUUCCUUAAAAAAGCAGUAUUCCCGUCCAUAUUUUGCAUAGUUUUGUGGAUAAAAUGAAGUAUUGAUAUUGAUAAGAACUUGUCAAACUUACAUCUGGCUGUGACCCCGUGUGUAAAAAUUUGGGACCACUUUUGAAGGCUGAGAAAUAUUAAUACAUUAUAAACAUGUAAUUCAGGAAAAAGCAAAAUGCACAAAUGAUUGUGUCAUGUAAGGCAACAAACUACAAAACAUAAUGUUUUAGAAAAUGCUUGUGUGUAAUGCUUAUACACGUUUGCACAUUUGUGACAAUAAUUCUGGCCAUAUAACUAUAUAGAGUGGUAGAAGCUUAGAAGACAAACCCUCAUUACCGUAUAUUACUAAUUUUAAUGCAAUCGUGUAGAAGUUAACCUUGGUAUUUAUGUUAACAUUCGUAAGCAUGUACCUUUAAAAUUACCAGCUAGGACAACUUCUGAUUAACUUGCAAAAAUCCUUAACAAAGCACAUUUAAUAUUCCAAGGUGCUUGGUACUGGCCUUUAAAUUUGUCUUUCUUUCACGUUACCUUGUAAAUGUACAUUAACUUAUAGGCAACACAGUUGUCAGGUAGUUACUGUAAUUAUUAUUUGCAGCAUUUGUAAUGCAUUGUUUUUUUUACUGUAACAAAAUAAUGGAAGAAAUGAAAAAAAAAAGCCUGACAAUGUCUCUUUGCUGCUUUACAUAAAUGCUUUUGUUAUUGAUACCAUGUGCUUUACCAUGUAUAUUAUAUGGCCAAAGGUUUGUGGACACCUGACCGUCACAACCAUAUGUGCUUUUUGAACAUCCCAUUGCAGAUUUAGUCCCUCUUUGCUGCUAUAAUAACCUCCACUCUUCUCUCCUUUCCACUCGAUACUGGAGCGUGCUCGUGGGGAUUUGCCCAUUUAGCAGCAAGAGCAUUAGUGAUAUCAGAAACUGAUGUUGUGCGAGAAAGCCUGGCUCGCAAUCAGCGUUCUAGUUCAUCCCAAAAGUGAUCAAUGGGGGUAAAGGUUAGGGCUCUGUGCAGGCCAAUCAGUUUCUUCUGCUCCAACUUUGGCUAAUCGUAUCUUCAAGGACCUGUCAUACUGGAAGAGGUUUGGGCCUCUUAGUUCCAGUGAAGGGAAAUCUUAAUGCUACAGCAUACAAAGACGUUCUAGACAAUUGUGUGCUUCCAACUUUGUUACAACAGUUUGGGGAAGACUCAAACAUGGGUGUGACUGUCAGGUUUCCAUAUACUUUUGGACAUAUAGUGUAUCAUGCUGGAUUGAACACAGUAUGUUAUUGUAGAAAUUAUAGAAUUUUUAACUUUUUUUUUUAUUUUAGAUGUAUAGACCUACAUCAAGGCAGAAUACUGGCAUGGCGUCAAGCUAUUCAACAACAACACCUGUCUAUGCAACAACACACAACAGCACAAAGAAAGACUUUGUCAGAUGUGAAAAAUCAUAUGGUAUGAUUUUUGAGAUAUGAAGAAGUUACAGCUUUGUGUAUAUCCAUUAGCACUUAAAUCUGUGGGACUGGGUGGUGAAGAAGCGAAAAAUAAAAGCGUAUUAUAACUUCAUUCUAUGGAAUAUAUCAUUUUUAAAAUCUCGAUUUUCAGAUGGAGAAAGCUUGCUGCUUUGCGUAAUCAUAACUGUGUAUACUUCAAUAUUUCUGAUCAUCAUAAUGGCUAUAACGUGGUUGAAAAAGUAUCAGGCCUUGAAGCGCAGAUUUAGGAGUCUGCAGAACACACAGCAGCAGGCAACGUUUCUUCCAUCUACUGAAACUGAUCCUUUAGAGCAAAGCUCUGGGUCUGCACAAAUAAUUUCAGUCCAGCUGGAACAAAAUGCCAUUUCAGCCUCUGAAUUUAACCUGCAGAACAUGAAGUCAGCUAGUUCCUCAUUUAACAAAGCUGAUCUCACUAUGCAUCAACUCAUUAAAACUGGAAAAGUAGGAGUGCUGUAUAAAGCAAAAAUGACACGUGGCACUAUCAAAGGCCACACCAUGUUCACCUGCAAGAUCUACAAAAAGGCCAUUAAUCACAAGGAGGUCAAAAGGGAGGUUAUGAUCAUGCAGAAUCUAAACACACACAUGAAUCUGCUACAACUUGUAGACUGGAACUUCACAGAAGAGCCCUAUAUGUUAAUUAUGGAAAAUGUAGAACAUGGCAGCCUACGCACCUUCAUUAAGGCGAAUAAAAAAAGACUGUGCAAAGAUAAAGAGCUACAGCAUCUCUUCACCAUUGCACUUUACCACGUAGCACAGGCCAUGGACCAUCUGCACUCCAAAAUGAUACUGCAUUGCGACCUGGCACUGAGGAAUAUCAUGGUGCACAGAUUUCCCCAUGAAGUAAAAGUAGCUGAGUUCGGAUUGGCCAGAGACGUAAAGAGGGAGUGGAGCGUCUCUGAAAACUACAAGAAAACCAACAGGAAGCGAGUUCCCUUUAGAUGGUACCCUCCAGAAUAUUUCAAACAUGGCUCUUACGGAUUUAAAGGAGAUGUCUGGGCUUUUGGAAUCGUAAUCUGGGAGAUGCAAACAUUUGGCACUGUACCCUACCCCGACCUGAAAACAUUAGAGGAAGUUGUGAGUUAUGUAUCUGCUGGCCACAGGACCCGAGAGCCUGAAAAGUGCAGGCCAGAAAUGCUUCAAAUGAUGAGAGACUGUGGACAAGAGCCCCACGUCAUGAGACCUUCCUUUAUGGAUAUUGUCAGAGUUUUGGAGAGCACUCUGGAAAAUGAUCGUGACUAUCUGAAUAUGGACGACAGCACUGUCAUUCUAUCAGUGGAGUCUAAAGAUGGAGAUUAAUUAUUAUAACUGACAUUGACAUCAAAAAAUGGAUUGUUGGGGCUGGUUCUACAGAUUUAGAUGUAUAUCAUUCAAAAUUUCAGCAAUUUCAAUAGAUAUGUGUGUAAGAGUAAAAUAUUUGAUGAAUCACUAAUUAUAUUCAUGCAUCAGUAUGUACAGACUAUGAUUACUAGCUGUUGAGCUCAUGUGGCUGUUUCUAAAAACAUUAUUGCUACAUUAACUAUGUUGAAUAAGUUGACAAUUUGACGAUUUACAAUAAUGUGUAGAUAAUUUAAUACACAAGGUGAUUUGCCCAUAAUUCCAUAAAAUAAUCAUUCUCCACAUCAUCAUUUGUGAAUUAAUGGUAGGCUUCACAUAUCAUUUGGAGGCUACUAAAUAGAAUUGAAUCAUAUUGUAUUGUAGCGUAUCUUAUCGUAUUGUAGCAGAUUGAGUGGUAUCAUGAAAUACUGAAUCUUUGCCUAUGAAUUUGAAAAUCAUAUCAUAUCGUGUGGAAGUUGGAGGUUUACACCCCUAUGUUUUAUUGAAUGCAAUGUUGAUUUGAUCAUUUUCAUGUUAUGGGUCAACAUGUGUGAUGUUAACUGACACAGUACAGAUGUGUGUGUGUGUGUUAUACUGUCCUAAGUUGUGAACAGAAAUUUUUACUGUUGUUUUACUACUGUUUUACCAAGGAUGUUGUUUAAGAUUGCAAAUUAAAAUUUCAGUGUAGUACACCAAUUUUUGUACAGAAACAGGACAUUUUUUGGAUAAAAUC